AUGGCCCCUCAACGAUGUCGAACACGCCAAAGGAAGAGACUAAGUCUCUCUGAACUCUUAAUAUCGGCUGUACUUCUACCUCGCGCCGUCUACGGGCACUACAACCUACCUCCACUCCAGGCCCCAAUCCUCCCGCCACAGCUACCCUUGGAUGGGUCCGAGCCCCCGUCAGAAACACACGAGUUUUCACUUCGCCAUAUCUUCCACCGAGGCACCUACGAACACCCUGACCUUCAUGCCCGUUUAGACGUCGGACCCGACACCCGCCUCAUAACUCUAUCCGAAGAUGGGACAGAGACUGAAUCAGUUGAGGUGCAUCCUUCACUGGUCGCUUCCUCAAACCCGAUCACGAUACAACGGCUAGCUGAUCGGCGUUUGUCGGUGAUUGAGAGCCACUUGGCAGCUGCAAAGCUGUCCGGUGAAGCUUCCACGUUGUCGCCCACGGAAUGGGUCAUGGACACACUUCCGGGCCCAAAUAUUUCGGACAAGGCAACCGUGUUGACUUUUGCCAAGAUGACUGCAAAUGACUAUAUUGAGGAGCCUGGUACCCAGGAUUGGCAUACUAUCCACGGACGGUUUAACUACUCGACGAGCUUUGGAUGGAAGGGAGAUGGACUCCGAGGGCAUAUUUACUCCGACAAAUCCAACAGCACUAUUGUCAUUUCACUCAAGGGUACUUCUCCAGCCCUAUUUGAUGGUGCAGGAACUACAACAAAUGACAAGGUGAACGAUAAUCUGUUCUUCAGUUGCUGUUGUGGUCAAGGAGGGUCUUACCUCUGGAGGCAGUCAUGUGAUUGCCAGACUGCCACCUACAAGGCGAACUUGACCUGCAUCACCGAGGCAAUGAAUGAUGAGAAUAAAUACUACAGAGCCGCCAUUGAUCUAUACACCAACGUGACAGAGAUCUACCCGGACACAAAUGUUUGGUUGACAGGACACUCAUUGGGCGGUGCAAUGACUAGCCUGCUUGGAUUGACCUUUGGUCUUCCAGUUGUGACUUUCGAGGCGGUUCCAGAAGCACUUCCAGCAGCUAGACUAGGUCUUCCGAGUCCCCCAGGUCAUGAUUCACGCUUGCCCCAACAGCGAGCUUUUACAGGCGCCUAUCAUUUUGGCCAUACUGCCGAUCCGAUCUAUAUGGGGACUUGUAAUGGGAUUAACUCAAUCUGUACAUGGGGUGGCUAUGCAAUGGAGUCCGCAUGCCAUACCGGCCAGAUGUGCACUUAUGAUACCGUGGCAGACAAAGGCUGGCGCGUAGGAAUCGGCACUCACAAGAUCCAGAAUGUCAUUUCUGAUGUGAUCAAAGCCUACGAUGAUGUCCCACCAUGUGCGCCCGAGGAAGAAUGUUAUGACUGUGUGCUCUGGAAGUUUUUCCGAAGUAAUGGUUCCGAGAUCACUACCACGACGACUUCAACUACAACAUCUCCAACACUCACUAGGACCGCAACUUGCAAGACUCCGGGCUGGUGGGGCUGCCUCGACGAAAGUACUACGACCACCGCAACAACCACAUCUACCACAGCUACAACUACUGCAACAACGACAACAACAACUUGCAAAACACCAGGAUGGUUCGGCUGCAAUGAUCCAACAACCACGACAGCAACAUCCACCCCAACUUCGACCUCGACCUCAACGUGCGAAACCCCGGGUUGGUUCGGCUGCAAUGACCCAACAGCUACCGCACCUCAAAUAACACCAGCGCCUACAGUGGCACCCAAGAACCCAGAAGCAACGUCGACAAGUGCGUGCCACAAUGCUGGCUGGUUCGGCUGCAAUGACCCAUCGACCACUACUACGGCCGCCACUAUGACAGGUCAUGGUUCCAAAGCCUCAUCGACUUGCACACACCCAGGGAUAGUCUGGGGUUGCUGGAAAUAG